AUGGCUGAAACAUUUUCAACCCUUCCCGAGGAGCUCCAGCUCGCCACUUCAGCCCACGUCAAGUACAUCCAGAGCCUGGACACGCGCAAGAACCAAUAUGAAUAUUGGCUGACGGAACACCUGCGGCUCAACGGCCUCUACUGGGGCCUCACGGCUCUCCACUUGUUGGGCCAUCCGGAAGCCCUACCCCGCGCCGAGACCAUCGACUUUGUGCUUUCGUGCCAGCACGAGUGCGGUGGCUUUGGCGCUGCUCCUGGCCACGAUGCGCACAUGCUGUCCACCGUCAGUGCGGUGCAGAUUCUUGCCCUGAUCGAUGCCUUUGACGAGCUCGAGACGCGCGGCCGAGGCAAGGCGCAGGUUGGAACAUACAUUUCCAAUCUCCAGAACCGCCAGACUGGAACGUUCGCCGGCGACGAGUGGGGGGAGGAAGACACGCGCUUUCUUUACGGCGCAUUCAACGCGCUGUCCCUGCUCGGACUCCUCCAUCUUGUCGAGGUGGACAAGGCAGUUGACCACAUCGUGGCCUGUGCUAACUUUGACGGCGGAUACGGUGUCAUGCCCGGGGCCGAAUCCCACGCAGGCCAGAUCUUUACCUGCGUUGCUGCCCUGACCAUCGCCGGUAGAAAAGAUCUUGUGGAUGUGGAGCGGUCGGGUAGAUGGCUGAGCGAGAGACAGGUCGUCGGGGGUGGUCUAAACGGUCGGCCAGAGAAGAAGGAGGACGUAUGCUACAGCUGGUGGGUUCUCAGCAGCCUGGAGAUGAUUGGCAAGACGCACUGGAUCGACAGAGACCAGCUCAUAGCAUUUAUCCUGGGCUGCCAAGACACUGAGCGAGGCGGCAUUUCGGAUAGGCCGGGCGACACGGUCGAUGUCUGGCAUACCGUGUUCGGUCUCGCGGGACUGAGUUUGCUGGAGUACCCUGGCCUGCAGCCUGUCGACGAAGUCUACUGCUUGCCCAAGUCAACCAUCGAGCGGGUACUCCGUCGAUGA